AUGGACCCUCACGAGAUGGUGGUCAAGAACCCCUAUUCCCAUAUCAGCAUCCCCCGGGCUCACCUGCGGCCUGACCUGGGGCAGCAGUUAGAAGAGGGUCCCUCAUCCACAUCCUCAGAGAAGCAGCCUCUGCCAGAGGUGACCUGCACCCCAGAGCCAGCCUGUCUCCUGCGGCCCAUCAAAGGCCCAGGACCCAAAGGGGCCAAGGGGACUGCUCCUGACCAGAGCCAGCAGGCCUGUCAGCAGCCCUGCAACCCCUAUGGCAGUGGACAGCGCCCAGGAGGACUGACCUAUGCCGGUCUGCCACCUGUGGGGCGUGGGGAUGACAUUGCCCAUCACUGCUGUUGCUGCCCCUGCUGCUCCUGCUGCCACUGCCCACGAUUCUGUCGCUGUCACAGCUGCUGCUGUGUGGUAUCAUAG